CUUCUGCUGUGCUUUCCGGGAAAGUUGGGUGCCUGCAAGCAGUAGCAGGCAGGCCUGGUGGGACCCCUCACCUGGGACUGGUAGGGCAGAAGGCAAGGAGGCCAACAGGAGGUGGCGCCAAACCCAGGAAGGGGCAGCCGAGGCAACUCACCCUUGUUCUCUUGCCCCCACCUUCCCCCCUCCCUUCCUCUUCUACAAGGGGGACGCCAAGACGGAGGAAGAAAAGGAGGAAGACGGCAGCCAGGCGCACACCUUCGACUCGCUGUGAGUAGAAUCCAAAAAUGGCAGAGCUGAAAGGGACCCAUGAGGGUCAUCCAUCCCAACCCCCUCUGCAAUGCAGGAAUCCCUGCUAAUAAUAAUAAAUUUUAUUUAUAAGCCGGGCUCAGGGCGGCUAACACCAGUAAAAUUACAAUGGAGGGGGCGGACAAAAAAACAACAACCCAAUUUAAAAGACAGGUUAAAAUGCAAUUUUUAAAAUGCAGCCUCAUUUUAAAAGUCAAAGCCAUAAGGGGAGGGAAACAUAAGGGUCAGACUGAGUCCAAACCAAAGGCCAGGCGGAACAGCUCUGUCUUGCAGGCCCUGCGGAAAGAUGUCAAGUCCUGCAGGGCCCUGGUCUCUUGUGACAGAGCGUUCCACCAAGUCGGGGCCAGUACUGAAAAGGCCCUGUCCCUAGUUGAGACCAAUCUAACCACCUUGUGACUUGGGACCUCCAAAAUGUUGUCAUUUGUGGACCUCUCCGCGGGGCAUACCAGGAGAGGCGGUCCCGUAGGUAUGAGGGUCCUAGGCCGCAUAGGGCUUUAAAGGUCAAAACCAGCACCUUCAACCUGACCCUGUACUCCACCGGGAGCCAGUGCAGCUGGUAAAGCACUGGGUGAAUGCGAUUUCGCGGCAAGGACCCCGUAAGGAGCCUCGCUGCGGCAUUCUGCACCCGCUGGAGUUUCUGGGUCAGCUUCGAAGGCAGCCCCGCAUAGAGCGAGUUACAGUAGUCAAGCCUAGAGGUGACCGUCACAUGGAUCACUGUGGCCAGAUCAGGACGGGAAAGGGAAGGGACCAACUGCUUAGCACGGCAGAGAUGGGACAAUGCCACCUUUGCUGUGGCUGCAACCUGCGCCUCCCUAGAGAGGGAGGCAUCUGAAGGUUACACCCAGACUCUUGACAGAAGGCGCUGGCACUAAUUGAGCCCCCGCAAGAGACAGGAGUUGGCCCCCCAACCGCAUGUCGUCCCGACCCAGUCAGAGGACCCCUGUCUUCGAAGGAUUUAAUUUCAACAGGCUCCCACGCAGCCAUCCAGCCACAGCUUCCAAGCGCCUGGUCAGUGUGUCCGGGGCCGAGUCAGGGCGGCCAUCCAUCAACAGAUAGAGUUGGGUGUCAUCGGCAUAUUGAUGACAACCCAGCCCAAAGCUCCGGACAAUCUGGGCAAGGGGGCAUAUAAAGAUAUUAAAAAGCAUCGGGGGAAGGAUUGGCCCCAAGGAGUGCCACAGCGACAACUCCCUCCCUAGCGCCACUCUCUGUCCCCGACCAGAGAUAAAAGAGCACGGCCGUUGUUGCACUGUGCCCUGAAUCCCUGCGUCAGUAAGGCGUUGGCCCAAAAGUUUGUGAUCGGCCGUGUCGAAGGCUGCUGACAGAUCUAAGAGAAUCAGCAGUCCCAACCUGCCUCGAUCCAGCUGUCUACGGAGAUCACCUGUUAGGGCGACCAAAGCCGUCUCGGUCCCGUAACCAGGGCGAAAGCCGGACUGAAAUGGGUCCAAACUGAGACGAUGUUUCAUCCGGAAAUCUACCUAACUGUUUGGCAGCUGCUCUCUCAGUUACCUUACCCAGGUACGGAAGAUUCGAAACCGGGCGGUAAUUGGAUAGAUAGGGUUGCGCUGUGGGUUAAACCACAGAGCCUAGGACUUGCUGAUCAGAAGGUCGGCGGUUCGAAUCCCCGCAAUGACGGGGUGAGCUCCCGUUGCUCGGUCCGUGCUCCUGCCAACCUAGCAGUUCGAAAGCACGUCAAAGUGCAAGUAGAUAAAUAGGUACCACUCCAGCGGGAAGGUAAAUGGCGUUUCCGUGCGCUGCUCUGGUUUGCCAGAAGCAGCUUAGUCAUGCUGGCCACAUGACCUGGAAGCUGUACGCCGGCUCCCUUGGCCAAUAAAGCGAGAUGAGCGCUGCAACCCCAGAGUCGGUCAUGACUGGACCUAAUGGUCAGGGGUCCCUUUACCUUUACCUUUAAAGGAUCUAGGGAUGAAUUUUUAAAAAUCUUAAUAAAUAUCUUAUAAAAAAAAAUAAAAAAAUAAAGGAUCUAGGGAUGUUUUCUUCAAGAGCGGACGCACCACUGCUUCCUUCUACUCCCGGGAAACAGCUCUUGCCACAGCUCUUCCUGAUGUUCAGGCGGAAUUUCCUUUCUUGCGAUUUGAAUCCGUUGGUUCGGGUUUGCUCCCUCCUCCACGAGAAAGCCUUUCGGAUACCAUCUCCCCCUCCUCUUGUCGAGGCGAAAUAAACCCAGCUCCUUCGACCGUUCCUCAUAGGGCUUGGAACCUCCAGCUUGUCGAUCUCCUUCUUAAACUGGGGUGCCCAGAACGAGAUACAGGAUUCCAGGUGGCUUUUGUCCAAGGCGCCUAAAUUGCACAGAAGAAACAGCACUUUGCUUUGCUGUGUGUAGAUCGUAAUAUCCGUGGUCGUUAGACUGGUCCAACCGCAGGCGCUGAGACUUCCUGCCUCUUUGAGAUUUACUUUCUUUCUCGCAAUGAGAUCGUGCCGUGAUGAGUAAUCGUUGCUCUCCCUACCACUACAUCCUUUCAGUCAAAAUCGGACGGCAGCGAAGAGAACAUCUUCCUCCUCAAGGCCUCUCCUUGAAAGCCUAAUCAGGCCGGUAAGCUCCAACUUUCACAGAAUUGUAGGCUCGCAAGGGACCCCUGGGGGUCAUCCAGCCUGACCCCCUGCAAUGCGGGGAUCGCGGGGAGAAUCCCUGACGGGAGGCCACCCGGCCUGUGAUAAAACAUGAAGGAGAGGUCUGCUCUGCUUUUGAACUCUGCAUGGCGAGGGGUUCCCCAGGGAAAUAAGACAGAGUCAAAGCAGAGCCCCUUGCAAAACCUGGGCUCCUCGGCACGUAAUUAGACUGCGGAACUCCCUGCCACAUGAGGGCCACGAACUUAGAUGGCUUUGAAAGAGGACUGGACAAAUUCAUGGAGGGGGAGAGGGCUAUCGACGGCUACAGGCCAGGUUGCUUCUGAAUGCCAGUUGCUGGAAACGGCAGGCGGGGAGAGCGGUCUCGUGUUCGAAUCCUGACUGCAGGCGUCUUUUUGGCCCCUGUGAGAAGAGGAUGGUCUGCUUUUACAGUAAUUAUCAGUAUGUUUUAAACAGAAUUUAUGUACGAAUAUAGUUUUAAUCAGUGCUUUUUCCCCCUGGGGGGAACGCAUACCCCUAAACAUUUUUUGAAUCUAAGUUUGGCCUCACUGAGGGGUGCCGUUUCUGUGGGGAUAUACGCUCGGUAUUUAUCACUCCUGUUGUACAAAAAUCUCCAAAUGGGUCCGAACUCCAAUGUCUAAAACUCCUGGUAGAGGACAAGGAUCCAGAGAUCACGCUCAGGGUGGCCAAAUUCUGUGCGACCGCCAUAAAACUUAGGGAACAAGCUGUACUACUAAAACGAUUAAGGUUUUAAAUGACUAUUUUAGGUUAUAUUUUAGUGAUCAGGAUUGAAUAUAUUUUUUUUAACUGCUGCUAUAUCUGAAUUGUCUCUGUUAUCCCCAAUUGCAAUUCAAUGUAUUCCUGUUGUGUUUUAUGAUUUUCCUGAUAUUGUAAGUGAGCCGGAACUGGUCUGUGACCGUAAUAAUAAAAUUCUAUUCUAUUCAUUGAGGCGCAGUAUUUCAAUACGAGCAGAAAUAAAUGAGAGUCCCCCUAAACAUUUUUUUAAAAAAGCAAAAAAAAAAAAGCACUGGUUUUAAUUCUAUCAAUGUUUAAUUGUCUUUUCAUGACAGAUUUACCCCCAUAUUUUUAGCCUGUUCCUGUUUGUGUCUGUAAGCCGCCCUCCCAUCAGGGGGAAGAUUCAGGGUAUAAAUAAAUAUAUAAUAACGAUAAUAGCAGUAAUAACUGGCCUAAGUCCACCGCAGCUCCCUAACGGGCCUCCAUUUAAGGAACCCUCCCUUCCUGCGAUUUCAAGAAACCUGUGUUCAGAAAAGCGUUGCUUCCUCCGACUGUGGAGGCAGAGCAAAGUCAUUCUGGCUCGUAGCCAGCAAUGGCCCUCUCUUCCUCUGCAAAUUUGCCCAAAUCUCUUUUGAAGCCGCUCAGGUCGGCAUACUGAGGCAGGGAGUUCCACAGUUCAACCCUGCACCGCACGAAGAAGGGCAGAGAGCGAAAGGGACAGGUGAUUUACAAUGAGUUGAAAAAUACAUAUUCUAUUUUUUUAUAUAAUUUUUUUUUUAGUUUUUUUAACAUAUCAUUUCCAACAAUCAUAUAACAUAACUUGUUCUCUUAUACAAUGUUUUAGACUUCCGUCAACACCUCUGAUGAUUUUUUGUUCUUUAUCACUUAUUCUGCAUUUCUUAGUUUCUCUAUUGCUCUUAAUUAUCAUCAACUAAUAAUUCUCAUAGUCUUUCUUGCAAUAUAUUCUUGCAAUAACUUCUGUAUUACUCUUAAUUAUCAUUCACUAAUAAUUCUCCUCAUAGUCUUUCUUGCAAUAUUUCAGAUAGCCCUCCUUACAAAACUUCUUGCAGUCCUACUAGCGUAAUCGGUUCAUUACAAUUACUUUCCAAAUAGUCUGUAUAUUUACUAGGUUCUCGCUGUUAUCUCUGGUGUCCUGCCUCGUGGGAAACUACCUACACUUCAGGGACAUUCCGGGAUCAAAUCAGAAACCGGCUUCUCAUAAUAAUAAUAAUAAUAAUAAUAAUAAUAAUAAUAAUAAUAAUUUAUUAUUUAUACCCCGCCCAUCUGGCUGGGUUUCUCCAGCUACUCUGGGCGGCUUCCAACAGAACACUAAAAUACAGUAGCCUAUUAAACAUUAAAAGUUUCCCCGAACAGGGCUGCCUUCAGAUGUCGUCUAAAAGUCUGGUAGUUGUUUUUCUCUUUGACAUCUGGUGCGAGGGCGUUCCACAGGGCGGGUGCCACCACUGAGAAGGCCCUGUGCCUGGUUCCGCUGUAACUCGCAGCGACGUCUCUGGGAAAUGGGGACUGUGGUCUGGGAUUGGGCCUGGUUCCUGCGGGGGCGCAAGAGCACCCACAGUCCCCGCUAACUGACCCACUGCUGCCUCCUCCUUUUUCUGGACAGGUUUCCCCCGCCUCAGGAUGCGAAAGACCCACAUACUCUGUAUCGUGAUUCUUGGGAGCUUCCUGACCAUCGCUGCCUUGCACUUGCAGCUCACCCGCAUGGCGCGCCAGUGGGUGCCCUCGCCCUGUGCCUGCUGCGCCACCUUCCAGCCCCCGCUGCUGGCCAACGGCACCACCCUGAGCGACGGCACCUACACCUACCGCCUCGACCCGGGCAUCUACAAUGACCUCUUCCCACACCUGCAGCAAUAUCGGUGCCGGGAGCUCACCUGCGAGCAGAGCUGGUGCCCGGAGGCCUCUGCCGCCCCACUGCUUCUCCUGGCCAUCAAGUCCCACCCGGGGUCCAGCGCAAGGAGGGCAGCCCUGAGGCGCACCUGGGCGCGGGCGCGGGAGAUGGGGGGCUUCCGGAUCCGACAUGUGUUCCUGAUGGCCGUGUCGCCCAACCAGAAGCAGAUGAACCUGGCGACGGAGGAGAACGAGGAGUUCGGGGACAUCCUGUUGUGGGAUUUCAUGGAGUCGCACCACAACCUGUCCCUGAAGGAACGAUGUUUCCUGCAGUGGGUACACAGCAGAUGCCCAGGUGUGGCCUACAUCUUCAAAGGUACCAUAUUUUUCGCUCUAUAAGACGCAACAGACCACAAGACGCACUUAGUUUUUGGAGGAGGAAAACAAGGGAAAAAAUAUUCUGAACCGUAUUUUUCGCUCUGUAAGACGCACCAGACCACAAGACGCACCUAGUUUUUGGAGGAGGAACACAAGAAAGAAAAUAUUCUGAAUCUCAGAAGCCAGAACAGCAAGAGGGAUCAUUGCGCAGUGAAAGCAGCAAUCCCUCUUGCUGUUCUGGCUUCUGGGAUAGCUGCGCAGCCUGCAUUCGCUCCAUAAGACGCACACACAUUUCCCCUUACUUUUUAGAAGGGAAAAAGUGAGUCAUAUAGAGCAAAAAAUACAGUACGUCACGGGCUUGCUGGGGGUCAAAGGUACAGGGCAGGUGUGCCAAGAAGGAGGCCUGGCUCUUAACCAGGAAGAAGCAGAUGUGUGAAGAUAGGAUAGGGACCAGCUGGCUUACUAGCAGCGCAUGGGAAGAGGAUCUAGGGGUCAAGCUGAAUGUGAGCCAGCAGUGUGAUGCAGCAGCAAAAAAGGCUAAUGCUAUCCUAGGCUGCAUCAACAGAAAUACAGCAGUACCUCGGGUUACAGAUGCUGCAGGUUACAGACUCCGCAAACCCAGAAAUAGUACCUCGGGUUAAGAACUUUGCUUCAGGAUGAGAACAGAAAUCGUGCAGCGGCAGCAGGAGGCCCCAUUAGCUAAAGUGGUGCUUCAGGUUAAGAACAGUUUCAGGUCAAGAACGGACCUCCGGAACGAAUUAAGUUCUUAACCCGAGGUACCACUGUAUAGUGUUCAGAUCAAGGGCAGUCUUAGUCCCGCUCUAUUCUGCCUUGGUCAGACCCCACCUGGAGUCCUGUGUCCAGUUCUGGGCAGCACAAUUUAAGAAGGAUGUUGACAAGCUGGAAGGUGGGCAGAGGUGGGUGACCAAGAAUGAUUGCAAAUCAUGGGGUGUGGGGGGGUGUUAUUCAAAAACUGCAAUGUGGGAAAAACCAUGAAGCCAGGAAAAUGAUAAUAAUAAUAUAAUAAUUUAUUAUUAAUUCCCCGCCCAUCUGGCUGGGUUCCCCCAGCCACUCUGGGUGGCUCCCAACAGAACAUUAAAAACACGAUAAAACAUCAAACAUUAAAAACUUCCCUAAUCAGGGCUGCCUUCAGAUGUCUUCUAAAAGUCAGGUAGCUGUUUAUUUCCUUGAAAUCUGAUGAGAGGGCAGGUGCCACCACCGAGAAGGCCCUCUGCCUGGUUCCCUGUAACUUGGCUUCUCGCAGGGAGGGAACCGCCAGAAGGCCCUCGGAACUGGACCUCAGUGCCUACAUAGCUCCAUCCUUAUGUCAGGCAUUGUGGUAUAUUGGCGUGACGCCAUGUUUAGAUGGCGAUAUAUCAUGCCGUUGAAAACGAGAUAUCGCCCUGUGUUUGUGGGAUGUGCUUAUGGGACCUUGAACAUUACUUUGAAUGUCAAAACACGAUGUGGCGCAUAGAUUUGCUUUUACCUGCAUUUGACCAUCGGGAUGGCACUGGGGGCUGGAAAAAGUGGAGGGGGGACCUCCGUCUAGAGGGGCUGGGAGCUGGGGGCACUGUCAUACAGUGGUUCUGCUCCUUCCCCCGGGCCGUGUUCAGAAAGUGGUGGUGGAGGAUGAGUGUUCAGACCCCUGGGCUCUCACUUGUGGGGUGCCUCAGGGUUCCGUCCUCUCCCCCAUGCUUUUUAACAUUUACAUGCAGCCGCUGGGAGAGAUCAUCAGGGGGUUUGGGCUGGGUGUUCAUCACUAUGCGGAUGAUACCCAGCUCUACUUCUCUUUCAAAUCAGAACCAGUGAAGGCGGUGAAGGUCCUGUGUGAGUGCCUGGAGGCGGUUGGAGGAUGGAUGGCGGCUAACAGAUUGAGGUUGAAUCCUGACAAGACAGAAGUACUGUUUUUGGGGGACAGGAGAUGGGCAGGUGUGGGGGACUCCCUGGUCCUGAAUGGGGCAGCUGUGCCCCUGAAGGACCAGAUGUGCAGCCUGGGAGUCAUUUUGGACUCACCGCUGUCCAUGGAGGUGCAGGUCAGUUCUGUGUCCAGGGCGGCUGUCUACCAGCUCCAUCUGGUGCACAGGAUGAGACCCUAUCUGCCCGCAGACUGUCUGGCCAGAGUGGUGCAUGCUCUGGUUCUCUCCCGCUUGGACUACUGCAAUGCGCUCUGCGUGGGGCUGCCUUUGAAGGUGACCCGGAAACUGCAAUUAAUCCAGAAUGCAGCAGCUAGACUGGGGACUGGGGGCGGCUGCUGUGACCACAUAACACUGGUCCUGAGAGAACUUCUUUGGCUCCCAGUACGUUUCUGAGCACAAUUCAAAGUGUUGGUGCUGACCUUGAAAGCCCUAAACGGCCUCAAAGGCCCAGUAGACCUGAAGGAGCAUCUCCAGCCCCAUCAUCCAGCCCGGACACGGAGGUCCAGCUCCGAGGGCCUUCUGGCGGUUCCCUCCCUGCGAGAGGCCAAGUUACAGGGACCCAGGCAGAGGGCCUUCUCGGUGGUGGCACCCGCCCUGUGGAACGCCCUCCCAUCAGAUGUCAAGGACUAUCUGACUUUUAGAAGACAUCUGAAGGCAGCCCUGUACAAGAAGUUUUGAAUGCUUGACGUCUUCUUUUGUUUUAAUUUGUUGGAAGUCCGCCCAGAAUGGCUGAGGUAACCCAGUUAAUAUUUAAUGCUGUAUUGUUUUUAACACUCGAUUGGGAGCCGCCCAGAGUGGCUGGGGAAACUCAGCCAGAUGGGCGGGGUAUAAAUAAUACAUUAUUAUUAUUAUUAUUAUUAUUAUUAGCCGGUUUCUGAUUUGAUCCCGGAAUUUAGGUGGGUUCCCAUAAGGCAGGACGCCACAGAUAUUAUUAUUAUUAUUAUUAUUAUUAUUAUACAAAAGCACUGUUGUUUUCCAGGUGAUGAUGACCUCUUUGUGAACCUGCCGGCGCUGACCGAGUACCUGGCUCAGACCCCCAACGCCUCCCGCUUCAUUCACGGGAACAUCCAGCGCCACUCAGCUGUGAUGAGGACAGGGAAGUACGCCGUCUCCACUGCCCUCUACUCGCAGCGAUACUACCCCAACUUUGCCUCUGGUGGGGGCUUCAUAGUGCCCGGCCCCCUGAUCCCUGCCUUACAUCAGGCGUCCCUGGAGCUCCCGGUCUUCCCCCUGGACGACGUCUACAUGGCCUUCCUAACUCUGGCUGCCGGGCUCCCCCACCGACACGACAAGCGCUUCAAAGUGUGGGGCAUCCCCAAGGACGACAUUGCGUUGUACCGGGACUCCCUGACAGUGCACGGGAGCUCGAUGGAAAGGAUGGAGGAGGUGUGGCAGGAGCUCUGGGUCAGCUGAGUGGCGGCCGCCCAUCUGUGCAUAGCUGUCAACUGUCCCUUCUUCGGAGGGACAGUCCCUUAUCCCAGCGCCGUGUCCCGCUGCUGUUGCUUAUUGAUGAUGUCCCUUAAAUUUCCCGGGUUUCAAAGGAAGCAGCUCCUCUCCCUCCCUCCCUCCCGGCCAGGGAGGCUCCAACUGUGUUGCUUGGUUGCCCGGCCCGCCCCCCUCCGGCCUCCUCUCACCAGCCUCGGCCCCCGGGAGCCCUUCCCCGCCGGGACUGGCGGGAGCCUCAGGCCCUUCCGCCGCCAUCCUCCUUGCGGCCGCCGAACUGAGUGUCUCUGCCUGGGGUACCAUCUUCGUAGCUUGGACUUCGUUUUGCGUGAAAAGUGGUUGCUGCUUGUAGUUAUUUAAUUGCAGCGUUUCAUCAGCUUGAACAGCAACCUUUGGAAACGAAGGGCCAAAAACCGGCGCUGCUCUCCGAAAUUAUCUGGUCCUUUUAAACUUUGUAUUUCAGGUGGUUGACUAAAAUCCCUUAUUUUUGAGGCUGCUGGUCCCUUAUUUUCAAAUCUGUAAGUUGACAGCUAUGCGUCUGUGCCCGAGCCCCCGGGUCAGAAGGCAGUGGGGGCCAGCCUCUCUCGCGUACCUGAGCUGGACAGUCUGCUCCCAGGGGCAUCGGACGUCUCGCAGAGGCUCGCCGUGCCACCCUCAGACUCUGGGAAGGAUCCGCAUGGCCGUUGCUGCAUUGGCCUGCUCCUCAGAAGGGCCAGCUA